GGGCGGGGACUUGGGGGGGGACCUGGACAGGGACACGGGCGCCCCUCCCCGCGGGACGGAGCUGCCACCCGCCGGGCGGCUCAACUGCCUUCAGGCUCAGUGUGAUCCAGGUGCUGACAACCACCCUGGCCCUGUGCCCUCUGGGGCUCCCGGCCUGCUGAGCUGCCCGAGCUCUGAGUUCCAAACAAGCACCGAACUAAAGCCAGCCACGCGUGUGAGUGGGCCCAGAACCUCGCUGCUGCCCCUCCCAGCCUGCAGCCCCCCGGAAAGUACAGGUCAGGACAGGCCAUGCCCCACACCCACCAAGGGGCCUCUCAGGAAGUGGGGCGGCCCUCAGAGUGCAUGAUCAAGGUCACCGCGAGGUGGGUGAAGGCACAGGGAGCCAGGUCGCUCCUGGACCCUGACCCCCAGCUGAGUCCUGUCCCUGUCCCAGGUGGGGCCUCAGCCUGAGCUCGGGCUCUGCUUCCAGAAAGUGGGUGGCUCUGACCCCACUGAGGCCCAGCGAGCCUGGUCCACCCCACCCGCCAGGCAGCCUGUUGGGAGGGAGAGGGAGACCCUGACCACAGUUCCUGCCACCCUGGCGCCUGCUCCACACAGGGGAGUCUGCAGUGGGGGAGCCCGGAGCCCAGGAUUCCCGUGCACAGCACCUGAGCGUUGUUUCUGUCCGCACAGUGCCUUGGGCUGGGGUCCCACCGAUCCGGAGAUGGAGGCCUCCCCGCCUCAGGCAGACACGGCGGCCACAGGGAAGGAAGGAGGGGUACCCCCCUUGCACAUCCGGUUGUUUUCCUUACUUUUAUUUUCUAAACACUAAGGAAAUUCCUCUUCUUUAAUGCAAGGCUGGGGUGGAACCCAAGCCCCAGCCCAGAAAUUCUUCUGUAAUAAAGGGCGCUUGGAAAACUCUGGGAAGGGUUUAGAAGAGGACAGAUCCCAAAGCUUCUCCCUGGGGCCUGGGGGCCGGGUGCGAUGUCAGGUGCCUGUGCACAUGCCGGCCGGUGUGAACGAGCUCAGCGCACACGGAACCUGCCGAAGGCUGGGCGGCUCGGGCUCUGAGCUGCACACAUGGCCUCAUUCAAUCUCUGCAACAACCCCAGGCCCCAAGCUCUCCAAUCCUGUUUUACAAAUGGAGAAGAAAGAACCAUGAGCUUGGGUGGCUGAGGUCAGGCUCCCUGGUGCUUCAGAGACAGGAACUGGGUGCAGCCUUCAGGGCCCCUCUUCUCCGUUCCCUGGCAUCCCUGGUGCAGCUCCAUGGUCCAGCACUUGCCUCUCAAGCGUGAGGCCGCAGGUUCUAUCCUCAGCAUUGCAAAAAACAGAAAACAGCAGUGAGCCAAAGCCUGUGGUUGUGGCGGGUGAGCCUGCUGCAGGCUGAUAGCAGGGCCUGGCGCCCGCCGUGGCCUGGGCCGUUAUCCAGGCAUCAGCCUGGAAGGGAGGAGGCAGUCACCAGGAACCACUCGCUGCGGACAAAAGGCGGGCCGCAGAGGCGGAGUGAGGGCCCCAGACCACCAUGCACCCCAACACGCCUGCUUUCCUGGGGCCCGUGCAGCCCGGUAGCAUGGGACUGUGGCAUAGGGCAGCGUCCCCUGCACCCAGCACUGGGAGAGACGCAGGCACAGGCAGCUUCCUCCACACACAACAUGGCCACGGGAGCCCGAGCCACCCCAGAACAGCUUUCGGCCUCUCUUCGUGAGCCUGAGCCUGGGCAGUUCUGUCCUCGAGCCGGUCGGCCACCGCCUCUGACUUGCUGUCACUAGCCCCAGGCACAACCCCGAGCCUGGAGACCUUGUCUCUCUGCUCCUCUCUGCAGCGCCCACCGUGCUGGCUUCUUCGUGGAUCCCAGGUGCUGAUGCCCUUCUGCCCCAGGCCCUUUGCUCCCGCUGUGCUGCUGCCUGGCCCUGAUGCUGGUGACCUUGGCCCAGCCCCGUCGCCUCUGUGCGGCUCUGCCCAGCAUCCCUGGCUCACAGCCCCCGUUACAAAAGAUGCAGCUGGGCCAACUGGCCUCCCCGCCCCUCAGUGUCCUGGCGUAGAAGCCAGGCUGUGUUGGUCUCUGCACUGCUCCUGGCUCCGCAGCAGUUCCCCAGGGGCAGAGAAACCACCUGACUGGGGGCCCCGCUCCUCAGGAAGCUGCCCUGGCCAGGGCCCCCCUGUUCCCCACCUCCAGGGGGAGGCAAGAGGGCCUCCUGACAGGACGGGAAAUUGUGUUCCCCACAAAGACCCCGACCCCAACUCGAGGCUAUCAGGAAAGUGGGGUCUUGCCUCUGGCUGGUCUCCAAGUGGUUGUUGAUGGCCCAGUAAAAACACCCACGUGGGGCAGAGGUAGUGACUCAUGCUUGUAAUCCCAGUUACUGAGGAGGCCGAGGGAGGAGGAUCCCAAGUUUGAAGGCAGCCUGGGCAGCAUGGCAAGAUGCUGUCUUACAAAGGUCCAGGCUGUACGUGGCUCAGUGUUGGAGCAUGUGCCUGGCGCGAGGCCAUCGGCUGCAUCCCCAGAGCUGCAGGACAAAACAAAACACACCCACAACUAGUGGGAAGGAUGGAGCCAGGGCUCCCACUCCUGGGAGGCUGAGGCAGAGCUGGCAGCCGAGGCCCCAGCCCACUGCACUCGGCCCCUGUCCUGUGCAGGCUUCCCCAAGCCUGACCCGGGGUAGAGCUGAGCCCGACUGACGACAGUGGCCACGGAGGAUGGGCAGGGCUCCUCUGCCCUCUCUGCCGUCCGUGCAGGUGUCCUCAUGAGGGCCCUGCACCCCGUGGUGUUGGGCACAGGCUCCUGACCACUCCCCACUCCGCUGGGCCCCAGGGAGGGUGAGCACCGCCUCCCUCCAUGCUACCAGGGCCGUGCGCCGUCCUGCCCAGUGAGUGCUGCGUCCCAUCCUGCGGGCCAGAGCCUUCUCUGCCCGAGGCCCAGGUGGAGCCUGGUGCAGGCCCCACUCUGCAUAAGCAAUGGGCUUGGUGCCCGCUGCAGUCCAGCCCAGUGUGAGUGGGGGCUGCCAUUCCAUAGCCCACGGGGUGCGGGACGCACCCAGGACACAGGUGGCCCCACAGAGACAGCAGGCGGGACACAGGGCACCCCCAAGCCAGCCCGUCUGGGUUCUGCCGCCCCCAGCCUGGCCCCCAGCCUGCUGAGGGCAGGGACCGUGGGUGAGGCCGCAGCCCCUCUCUGGCCCCAUCUGACUGCUCCCCCUUGGGCCAGAACCUGCGAGUCUGUCCGCAGCUGCUGUCAGGCUGGGACUCGGCUGCACCUCUUAUGGAGUGGGUGGGCGAGUGGAAAGUGGGGGACAGGUGGGGCAGCAGCGCCCACCCUGAGCCCGGGCACUGACUGAGCUGCCCAGGAGAGCCAUCUGACGCUGCAGCCGGUUCUCACCACAGCUGAGGCCCCGCACCUUCCUGGGGUGAGCAGGGCCCAUGGGCACAGAGGGGCCUGGGCCCCUUCCUCUGUGCCUGCCCUAGAUUCAGACCCUGCCGCCAGGCUUGUGUCCUUGCCAGGGAGACAGACCCAGUAGAAACACCCAAGGCCUGUGGUGGCACAGCUGUCACCCCAGCAGUCUGGACAGCUGAGGCAGGAGGAUUCCAGUUUCCAGCCUGGGCAACUCAGUGUCGGAGCAGACCCUCUCUCAGAAUUUUAGAAAAUAAUUUUAAAAGAGGCUGAGAGUGGCAGAGCCCCCUGACCAAAGUCAGAGCAGGCUGUAAUGUGGAGCAGGCAUUUUCCCCCCAAUUGGCCACAGUGUAUUCGGAGCCGGACCAAAAUCUGUGUGACUCACAGGAGCGUGUCAGAGGGCGCAUGGGCUGGCCUACCCACCCCCGGCCAGUGGCUGUGACUGAGACCUCAGUCCUGCUCUGCGAAGCUGCAGGCCUCCUAGUGCAGUACUGCAGCCGGGGACCAUGCAGCUCCAACCACACUCCAGCCCCAGAGCGGCUGCCCCUGAACCGCCUCAGAGCUUACCAGUUAACCAGAUCUCCCUUUGGCCUGUUGUGCUCUUUCUGCGAGACUGCCUUACCUCCCUCUCACUGCCUGCUCUGUCAGCUGAUAUCAGCAGGUGCCACACCCAUCCGCUGACCCUGUUCGAUUCAUGCCCAUGUAAGCAAUGAAUACUGGCAGUCCUGGUUGCUUGGGGCCCUCGCCACACGCUCAGUGUGGCCGAUCCAUGUUCCCCAUUUUGCUGUGAAUCUUUGUGUGUUCUUUUUGCCGUGCGUCAUAUCACCUUGCAGGAGAUGAGACUCCAGGCUGGGGUCCCUGAUGGCUGGGGAUGUAGCUCAGCACCGCAGUUCAAUACCCACUAUAGGGGAAAAUAGCCCAGCAGCGUGUGACCUGCACACCCAUCACAGUGGCAGGGUGGGAAGGAGAACCUGGUAGCCAUUGCCUGACGGGGACCUGGAGAAGCGGCAUGACUGGGCUCAAUGGUGCAGUGGCUCGAGGAGAGCAGAAUCCCACUCAAGUGUGGGCCAGGGCACUGGGCGCAGGGCUGACAGGCCACUGCACACGGCGUCACUGCAGCAGGCAAAGCGGCCGAGGCAGGAACAGCGCACAUACGCAAUGUGGCCAUCCACACGGCAGUGCCACUGGGGUGCCUGCUCCAGGGAGGCCGGCCAGGCACGGUGGCUGUGGACAGGGCCCACGAAGGGCCCAGAGCAGUCAGAUCUGUGCAGGUGGGGAGCAGAAGCCAGCUCAGCGUUUCCAAGGACAGAGUGUCCAUCAGGCAGGGAUGAGGGCUGUGGGCUGGGGUGGGGACAGCCGAGCUGCAGGGGCAUGGGCUCCGUGCCGCAGGACUCUGUGCCUGGAGGUGGCCACGUGGGUGCAAAGGGUGUCAAGUGUCAGGACCACCCGGGGCCCGUGCAGCCUGGAGCAAGGCACGGGCUCAGCUGGGGACACCUCGUGAGGACAGCAGGCGACAGGUCCUUGGUUCUCUUCCUGGGGCCCACGGGAGUGGAGGCAGCAGUGAGGGGACCCAGAGUGGGGCUGGCAUCUGACCAGGGGCAGCACCAGGCUGGCCCUCCAGGGAGAAAGGGGGGGCAGGACGCUGCUCCCCAAGCCUCUAGUGUCCAGGGCCCAGCUAGAUGGGCUGGGUGUGGAUGACAGGGACAGUCUUGAAGCUGCCACAAUGGGCUGGUGAGGUUCCCAGGGGGCCAGCGUCAGCCCCCCACAGCCCGGGCUAGUCUGAGCCUCAGCGUGUGGCCACACAGCUGACCGCCUCCUCCCGGGACCUUCUGCACCCACUGCCUGCCAGCUGCACCCCGGGGGUUCCCCACGUCAGCCCCACCUCCCUACCCUGUGCUCUCCGGUGCCCGGUGCACAGAGCUGUUGGAAACAGGGCUCCCGCCCCUCCCAGCCACAGAGCCGGAGCCCACAUCUUCGCAGGCCCUGUGCCUCCGUGACACACCAGUGUUGUGCUGGAGUCCGGGCGGCACCCUGGGCACCUUGGGCGCCUGCGGGCCAUCAGCUGUGGUGCUGGGCACAAGUGUCAGGGGGGAGGAUUGCCAGGGCUCUGACCUGACCCUAGGGGUGCAGCUGUGAGCAGGAAACGACUGUGCUGCCCACCGGCUUCUGCCAACAGGGGAACCGUGCCCGUGUGCACCCAUGAGGCCCAUAGUUGUUGAGGGCACUGUGGGGCUGAAAACUUUCCUCAGGGCGUGGCAGGGUGGACGGGGGACAGCAGCUGCCCAGGGUGGCCAGGAGCGGCAGGAGGACGACAGAGACAAGACGGGCAGCCGGCCCUGACCUCUGGCUGCCCUGCUGUGCCAUGGAGGGGCUGGCCCUGCCAGGCAGCUUCUCCACCCUGACUGGGGCUCCGGAGCAGACACUCCAGGCACUGUGAGCAGAGAGGCGCCCGGCAACGGGGCGGCUGGGAGGAGCCCCAGAGCCCGGGAGUGACUGGAGCCGAUGGGCAAAGGGCGGUGGACAGUCUCCACCCCAGCCUCCUGCCUGGACACUGGGCCACCGUCCCGCCUGUUGCUCACGGUGUUUCAUGCAAGGAGCCGGUCCUCUCCGCUCACCCCGCAAGACCGGGCUUCUCCGGGUGUGUGAGCAGGUACGCCCAGCGCAGCACAGGGGCCAGGCGGGCUCUUCUGGGUGCUUUACACACAGCUGCAGGGCGGGUGGGCAUCAGGGCACUGCUGAGCCCACACACCACCGCGUUCCCGAGCCCGGGCAGAGCUUCCUUUCUGUGGUGAAGAUUCACCUCCCAAGGGCCAGGGCCAGUCCACCAGUUGGUUCCUGCCCAUCUGCUCAGCAUGGCGGCCUGCAACCUGCACCACCCAGGUGUAAGGGGACCUGGCGGCUCAGGUGCUGGAGGCCCAAGGUUGCAGGCACGGAGCCAGGGCUCCCACUGCCCCCUCUGGCUCGCAGACCCCCAGGCAGCCAGGCCUCCCUUGGCCUCUUCUCUGCCAUCCUGCAGUCAACUAAGGGGCAGGGUCCGGGUUCAGCAUCGAGAGCCCCGUGGGGCCACCCCCUCUCCUGCUCCCGCCAAGUGCGAGAGCCCAGGCACAGGGCUGAGCUGCCCCAGAUGCCGGCCACCCCCUGGAUGUGGAGGAUGCAGUGGGGCCGCUACCUGGACCCACAGAGGCCUCGGUCAGCUGGAGCUGAGUGGGCACUGCCACGGGCUCGGCCUGCACCCCGCAUCUGGCAUGGACAGAAGGCCCCAUGGCCCUGGUCCAGGGAGGGAGACGGCACACGUUCGGCCAUCUGUGCCCUCCGCACCGGGCGAGCCCAGAUCCCUUUCACUGAAGAAAACUGGUGCAGCAGCGGCCGCCUCCUCCUCCUCCCAAGAAGGCCGAGGGUCGCCGGCUCCCGUGAUUCACCUUGCGGAGGGACGGCGGAGCCUGGGCCCCGUGCUGUCCGGGUGGGUGAGGCGAGGGGACAGUGGUGCCCUUGGCAGAACUCACUGCCCCAGCAGCACUGCGGUGAGGGGCAGCUGGGGUUCCUGGGGGGACAGGGAAGGGUUCUGGGGCAGGGGCUGGGGCUGCUGUUCCAAACCAGCCAGGGUCCGGCUGCGCGCCAGACCCUGGGGCCAGGGGGACGGCACCCUCCGCUGCCCAGGGGACGCACCCCUGCCAACAAGGGCCCAGGGCACUGGAGGGACAGCAGCUCUGCAGCACCCUCCCCUGAGGGUUCAGCCAGUGCUGCUGGGAGGAAAGGAGGUGCAGGGCGCUGUGCACCACGGGGAGCCUCCCCAGGUCCCCACCGGGCACUGCUCCUGUCCUCUGCAGCUCUGCCUGGGCUGCAGGUGCAGCCGCUUCCUUCCCUCCCACCCCCCAAGACAGGCCAAUCAGCCUGAGCGGAGGUGCUGCCCUCUUAAGGUCACCUUUUUUUUAGUUCCGGGGAUUGAACUUGGGUCCUUGCGCUUGUGGGCCAGGCGGCAGAACCACGGAGCUGAAUCCCCGGCCCUUAAGGUCUCCUCUUAAGGUGACCUUGCACCUUGCUUUUGGGCAGGGUACAGCCCCUCAAGUUUUCCCAACUCCCGCCCUUACUUGGAGAAUGCAGAGGGGGAGCCCCGAGGCAGAGGACACGGGGCCAGGACGGGAAACAAAGCAGUGGGCAGUGUGCAGCCACACACACACACACACACGCAUGUGCGCACGCGUGCUGGUGCUGGGGUGAGGGUGAACCCAGCCACAGCACCUCCCAUUCGCACCCUAGGCGGCAGCCGGUGCAGGGCCAACUCGGGACUGCAGGCAUUGAGGGAGAUAAUGGUGUUCAUUAGGACACCUUGUGCAUUAGGAAGCCAGGAAACACACAAAUAAUUCAUGUGCCAUGACGUCAUGGUGCCGCUGCCAACACUGAAUCACGCAAUACCUGGACUUACGUCACACCGGGCUCCCUACCGGGGCCACAGUGGCAGAGAGACCCUGGGCUGCAGGAGCGUUUCUCAGGAGGGGUGUCUGCUGGGGGGCCGUCUGGAGAGCCGCUGGCCACCAGAGUGGGUGGGCCUGGGAGCCAAGGGUGCUGGGCCCCGUGGGCAGAGCCCCAGGUGACAUGGGCUCCCUGCAGCACUGCCCAUGGCCACCCAGCAACCAGCCUCUGCCCAGCCUGGGCCCAAGUGCUGGUCUUGUCACCGAGCCCCGAAGAGCAGUCCUUGGCACCAGACCCCAGGAGGGCAAAGGUCACCCUUCACUGGCCUCCGCUGCAAAACCUGAACCAGAACCUCUUCUGGAUCCGCUGCUGGAGCCCCACCUUGGACCCCGGGCUGAGGGCCACCUGUCCCUGGUCACCAGUCAUCUGUCCGAGGGGGUGAGCCCCAGUUGGAGGGGCACGGAUGCCACCACACCGGCCAUGCUAGGCUGAGACCAUCCCCCGCCACUACCUGGCAGGUCCAGCAUCUCCCAGGGCAGUGCCAGCUGCCCUGGACUUUAUUGAUCUGUGUAUGAAUAUUCAUACAUCAUUCACCAGCACCACAUUAAUAUUCUGAGAAAGCAGAAAGAACACUGUCCUCAUUUGAGGAACGAGCAUCAAUACUUAGCUGAUGGCCAAUGUCCUGCUGGGCCUCCAAGCCCGAGGCUGGGCAGCCCCAGCCCUCUGACCCCGUGCCCACUGCAGCCUCCUGCUUGCUCCCUCUACUGCACACCAUGGCGCCGCCCCCUGGCCUUCUGGCUGGAGCCUGGGCUUCCCCUCUGCCUUUCCUACAGGGCCCCAGCUGCAGGGGCCCCCUCCGCUCUCCACAGCUACGGGGACACCAAGGGCCCUGCCCUGGCUCUGGAAGCGGCCUACAGAGCUGACCCUGCCUGUCCGCGGCUCCCGAGCAGGCGAAGCCACACAGCCAGGCCCUCAGGGAGGCAGGAUAUUGCCUGCCCCGCCCCCCAAGAGCCCACUACCCCUAGCCCUGGGCCAGCUGGUGAUGACCCGGAUGGGACGCAGCAGAGCCCGCCGUCAGCCCCCAACUCUGGUCAGGACGGCAGGUGGCCACAGCUGACCUGCCCAGAGACGGACACACGCACGGCCUCUGGCCGGCCUGGGCUCCUGGAGCUGCAGGCUGAGGCAGGGUUGCAUCAGGGCUCCAUGCUGUGCUGGGGGCCGGGCUGCUUCCCCUGCCCUGGGCCCUCUACCCGGGCUGCUCUCCUGCCCGCUGGCUCGGCUGCCACCCGCCCUCAGGCGCAGUGCGGGCCGCACACUGCGAGCAACACUACCCUGUGAGGCCCCAUGCGACACCGCUGCCAGCAGCCUGGGCAUGCUGCCUGGCCGGCGGGGGAGGGCACGGCUCGCUGGCUGGCGAGGCUGCUGCUCCCCCUUUUGGGAACUUCGGGAGCCGUGCCAGGCUGCUAGGGAUUUCUGGAAAGUGGGUCCUGCGGUGCUCCGGCUGGGAAUGCUGCUUCCGGGUGCAGUGCGGGGCCGGGGUGGGGCGGGGGUCCUCCUUGGGCAGGCUGGGCAGAGAGGACCCUUCUUGCAAACAAGACCAAAAGGGAGAGGUGCGGGCGCCUGGCCGCUGCAGCCCCAGGGUUCCCUGCCGCAAAGCGCUGAGUCAGCACUCGCAGGCGCCGCCCCUCCUCCUCCAGCAGGGCAGGGACGGCUUCCCAAGGUCGGGGAGCCAGGGCUCCGACGCCCGGACAGCCCGCAGUGGCCAGGGCCGGGCUCCGGUCGCUGCCCCGUGUCCUUCCCUGGGGCUGUCAGGCCUCCCCUCCCCUGGCCUUUUUCCCGGCCCUCUUCCGCUGUCAUCACACUGCAGGGUCAUGGCCCGUCAGCGCGCAGGUUCAUUUCUGGUCUGGCCGCUCCACACGGGGCACAGGGCCGGUCUCCGGAGCCAGCUGUCCACUUGGUGCCGGGCAGGGCUGGCGGCCUCUCCACUGGCCCCUCACUUCCAUAAAUGCUGGGGCGUCCCCCUUGCCUUCACCCCCGUCCCUGCUGGUUUUCCCGUCACUUUGGGGGCCCCUCGUCCUCCGGGCCCGCGUGGUGGGCGGUGGAGGGAAGCAGGGCUCCGGUCUGCAGGGCACCCCGCCCCGCCAGGGGCAGCAGUCCGGUGGCCCCUGGCCGCACCUUCCUGCCUGGGCACCUGUCCCUCCCGCUCUACCCCGGGAUGUCCCCGGCCCCUCUACUCCUCCCCAACAGCUCCCCGCCUCGGCCCUCCUGCCCCAGGAAGCCAGCAAGUGCCCAGCUCAGCUCCCACGCAGCCCCACCUUGGCUGGCCCUGCAGUCCUCCCCUCCCUUCCCGCCGUGCACUGGGCACCUGGCAGCCCCGAACCUACCCUCCCUGCCUCGCCCCCACAGCUUGGCCCUGGAAGUCACCCCGCUGCCUCCCCGGCCUCUUCCUACCUCGUGGGCGGCCUGCCUGCUGGGGUGGGGACAGCUGAGUGAGCAGCCGCCGGGUAAGGGUCCACACUGUCUCCCAAGGCCGCUCCCUGCCCACUGGCUGCACUGCACGCCUGUCCUCCGCUCCUCCCUGCCCCAUGCAGGCCUCCAGAAGGCUCCACUGCCUUCUUCCCAGGCCCUCGAUAGCAGAUCAUUGGCUCUAAAUGGGCACUGGAGUGGUGUUCCCAGGCCCCGGGGAAGCGGCCUCGCCCAGCUCCCCACUGGGUGCGGCACAGCUGCUGCCGGGGUCCCUGGGCUGCCCUGACAUCCAGCACCGCCCCGGAGAGCGCCCGUCUGUGGGGGAGGGUCUGGGCCCCCCAGGCAGCCCCGGUGCAGCUCCUCCAGUCAUGCGGCCUCGGGAGAACAGUGCCCGUCAGCCAGGGCGAGCUUCCGGUUACACAGCCGAGUGGGGCAGCCCUGCCAGGAGUGGAGCACAGCCGGUCCCCAGGCCCGAGUUCCAGGGUGGGCCCCCCGCCACCCCAAGGCCACGUCAGGCCAUCUGUUGUAGUCCAGCCCCAGGAGGCGUCUUCCUGGGACCUUGGUCACUCUGGGCCUGGCCAGACACAGCCACGUGCUCAGUAUCCGCACAGAGGUGCUCAGACAGCAGCGAGCCACGGCCGUCAGGCACCACGCAGCCCGGUGGCAGAGGCCUGGGUCUACCCUACCCUCCAGCUCUGGGAACAACACAAAGCAGAGAACACUCUAGUCCCUUGGAGAGCAAGGCAGGCCCGGGGGAGCUCCCGGGAGGUGGGCGUCCCCUGGGGCAUGGCCACCACCCCACAGUGGUCUACACACAGGCUGCGUAAUGCUGGGCAGGGGUAGCGGGCAGCCACCCCAGGGCAUGAGCAGCACCCAGCAGCCUUGGCCCUGGCUGCCCAGGAGCAGAGGGUGCAGGACUUCAGACUCAUCGGAAAUACCUGCAGGGCCGGGGGCGAAGCCCAACCCUGCACCCCGGUCGGCAGCACACGCACACCCCAAAAGGGUGAAAGAUGCUGCCACAUGCAGCCUUUCACAAGCCCAGAAGCAACAGCAAGGCGGCUCUGCCAGCCAGGGUUUUCUUUUCAGUGACAUUUCUGGCCACAGUGGCAAAAACCAUCAGCCUCGUGUCCAUCGAGGUCUCCGUCAGCAAACGAGAAAGGGGAGCCCGCCCUGCGCAGGAGCGAAGCGCCUUCCCAGGAGGACGUGAACACACAGGCACUGCCUCUGGCUCCCGGUGCGUCCCUGUUAACUGGGAGCCGCCACCGUGGUUCUCCUCCGUCUCCAAGUCCUCAUCCUCCCAACACCGAGGUGCAUGAAGCUGAGAGCCACCGGCCGGUUCCCAAGGGCCUCCUCCCCACAGCGGGACGGCUGCAUCUAAGAAAUACCCCAAUUUUGUGGACAGAAUUGGUUUCUAUAGCCUUUUUGGUUGGUGACUGUAUUGUUAGAUGAAUAAAGAUUGUGAGCAGUAA